AUGGACGUUCGCGAUCUUAUUGUCGGCAGCGGUUUCCUAUCUUACGGCUUAUGGCACCCCCUGGAGUCCCUCUCUAGCGUCGGGCCGACGCUAAACGAGGCCACCUUCGGCCUGCUGGGAUCAUCCUUCAAGCCCGAACGCGACAUCCCUAGCCUAGAGGGCAAAGUCAUCCUAGUCACCGGAGGAAAUGCGGGGAUCGGCCAAGAAACCAUCCGCCAGCUCUCCAAACACCGCCCAGCCCGAAUCUACCUCGCCGCCCGAACCGAAAGCAAAGCCCACGCCGCCAUAAAAUCCAUCCAGAGCGAACUCUCCUCCCCGGCCGAUAUCCGUUACCUCCCACUGGACCUAUGCUCCUUCAAAUCGAUCCGCGCCGCCGCGGCCCAGUUCCAGGCCGACUGCGACCGCCUGGACAUCCUGAUCCUCAACGCCGGCACAAUGGGUAACCCGGCGACAACAACGGAGGAUGGAUUCGAGGUGCAGCUCGGCACGAACCACGUCGGCCACUUCCUGCUCACGAAGCUGCUGCUCCCCACGCUGCAGGCCACUGUCGCGCGGGAUCGCGCGAACGGCGUGACCCCCGACGUGCGCGUGUUGAGCUUAGCGUCUGUCGCGCACGCGGUCAGCCCGACCACUUUUGGGGAGAUUACGUCUACCGAGUCGCUUCUGGCUGCUAGUACUUGGUCGCGGUAUGGUGGGUCCAAGGCUGCUAAUAUUUUUUUCGCGAGGGAGCUUGCGCGCCGGAAUCCUGAGAUCUUGUCUGUUGCUGUGCAUCCCGGCGCUGUCGAUAGUAGUUUGUAUGGGCAUACUAAGGCUAUUGGGUCGUUUGUGAAAUAUGCUACUGAGGCCACGGUCUCGCUUUUCUUUCGGCGGACUUCCAGUGGUGCUUUGAAUUCGCUGUGGGCUGCUACUACCGCGAAGGAGAAUCUGGUCUCUGGCGCUUAUUAUACACCUGUUGGAUAUCGCAGCAAGGGGACUACUUUUGUCCAGGAUCCUAAUAUCCCCGAGAAGCUUUGGGAGUGGACUGAGGCGCAGAUUUCGGAGCGCAGCUAA